AUGAACCCUUACAUCUUAGCCAUUCUUCUUUUUGGCUUAGGCCUUGGCACCACUAUUACAUUUGCUAGCUCCCACUGACUUCUCGCCUGAAUAGGACUUGAAAUAAAUACACUAGCCAUUAUACCCCUAAUAGCCCAACACCACCACCCCCGCGCAAUCGAAGCUACGACUAAAUAUUUUUUAACUCAGGCUGCUGCUGCAGCCACCCUCCUAUUUGCAAGCGUCACUAACGCUUGACUAACAGGCCAAUGAGAAAUUCAACAAAUUACGCACCCCCUUCCGAGCACUAUAAUUACCCUUGCUCUGGCCCUAAAAAUUGGCCUAGCCCCUCUUCAUGCUUGACUCCCCGAAGUUUUGCAGGGCCUAGAUCUCACCACAGGCUUGAUCCUUUCAACCUGACAAAAACUUGCCCCCUUUGCCCUAAUUCUUCAAAUCCAACCCUCAAGCUCAACACUCCUUAUUAUUUUAGGCCUUACUUCCGCCCUUAUUGGAGGCUGAGGCGGAUUAAACCAAACACAGCUCCGUAAAAUUCUUGCAUACUCAUCAAUCGCUCAUCUAGGCUGAAUAAUCCUUGUUCUACAAUUUUCCCCUUCCCUUACACUCCUCACCCUUCUAACCUACUUCAUUAUAACAUUCUCAACAUUCCUCGUAUUUAAACUCAACAAAGCUACAAACAUUAAUACCCUUGCUACAUCCUGAACAAAAGCCCCUACCCUGACUGCUCUUACACCCCUCAUUCUCCUCUCACUGGGGGGCCUCCCCCCUCUUACGGGCUUUAUACCAAAGUGACUUAUCCUCCAAGAACUAACUAAACAAGGGCUCGCCCCCACCGCAACCCUCGCAGCCCUUUCAGCCCUUCUUAGCCUAUACUUUUAUCUCCGCCUCUCUUACGCAAUAUCCCUUACUAUUUCCCCUAAUAACCUCACAGGCACAACCCCCUGACGUUUUUCUUCCACUCAACUAACGUACCCCCUCGCCACUUCAACUGCAAUAACAAUUUGCCUCCUCCCUCUCACCCCUGCCAUCUCGGCCUUAUUAAACCCCUA